AUGGUUACCAGCAUGAUACGCUUAAAUUCCUUUUUCAAAUUCAACCAUAAUCAUCAAUGUCAUCAAUCAGCCCAUCGUCGUCAAGCUGAUAACGUCGUUAAAAUUUUACUUAGUGAGGUAGUCGAAUGUAUCAAAGAGGUAAGCGAAGCAACUCGCCAACGUCAACGUGAAUUAAGGCAGAAAGAAUUAAAUGCCGAUUAUAGUUGGUUAACAACAAAUUCGUUCAAAAAUGAUAGGAUACCGGAUGUUGAACGUGACGAAUUAGAAAUUUUAGCUCGUAAAAUUUCACCCGAUGAAACAGCACAAAUUAUCUUAACAUUUCGUGAUGCUGCCCUACUUGAAACAGACUGUAAACAACUACCCAGUAUUAUGAAAUGUACUAUUCAAACUUAUUUAUGGAAUAAAUACUCCGACGAAUCAUCUACCAAUCAAUCCAAAUAUUGUUCAACUAGAGAUCGUAAGCGUGCUUUUAGCCUUCAAUCAGUACGGCCAACGCGUGUAGCACCAUCAUCAUCAUCAUCCAUUGAUGAAUCCUUAGUUGAAACGUGUUCUACCAGUGCUAGCCCCACAAACAAACAACCUACACGUACCUGGCGAAUUCGUAGCCUACCUACAAUUCGAAGCAGUAGCAGUGCUGAAUUACUACCCUAA